AAACUGGUAGGGUCCGGGAGCACGAGUCAUUACCGUGCGACUGACUUAUUUGUUUCCAGCCGAAGGGGCCGGGCUGGGCUGUGCUGCUGUCCGCAACCGGCGCGGGCAGACGUGCCGCCAUCAUGUCAGACACAGACAGCGAUGAAGAUUCCGCCGGAGGAGGCCCGUUUUCUUUAACCGGGUUCCUGUUCGGAAACAUCAAUGGAGCAGGGCAGCUGGAGGGCGAAAGCGUCUUGGAUGAUGAAUGUAAGAAGCAUCUUGCAGGCUUGGGGGCUUUGGGUCUGGGCAGCCUGAUCACUGAACUCACGGCAAAUGAAGAAUUGGCAGAGACUGAUGGUGCCUUGUUAAAUGACGAAGGUUGGAUUAGGAGUAGAGAAGAUGCUGUGGACUAUUCAGACAUCAAUGAGGUGGCAGAAGAUGAAAGCCGAAGAUAUCAGCAGACGAUGGGGAGCUUGCAACCCCUUUGUCACUCAGGAGAUUAUGAUGAAGAUGACUAUGAUGCUGAUUGUGAAGAUAUUGAUUGCAAGUUGAUGCCUCCCCCUCCACCACCACCAGGACCAGUGAAGAAAGAGAAAGACCAAGAUGGUAUUACUGGUGUGUCUGAAGAUGGAGAAGGCAUCAUCUUGCCCUCCAUCAUUGCCCCUUCCUCUUUGGCCUCAGAGAAAGUGGACUUCAGUAGUUCCUCUGACUCAGAAUCUGAGAUGGGACCUCAGGAAGCAACACAGGCAGAAUCUAAGGAUGGAAAGCUGACUCUACCAUUGGCUGGGAUUAUGCAGCACGAUGCCACCAAACUGUUGCCAAGCGUCACAGAACUUUUUCCAGAAUUUAGGCCUGGAAAGGUGUUACGCUUUCUACGUCUUUUUGGACCAGGAAAGAAUGUUCCAUCGGUUUGGAGGAGUGCUCGGAGAAAGAGGAAAAAGAAGCACCGUGAGCUUAUACAGGAAGAGCCAACGCUGGAGGAAGAGUGCUCAGUAGAACUAGAAGUCAACCAGAAAUCUCUGUGGAACUAUGACUAUGCUCCACCUCCACCUCCAGAGCAGUGUCUCUCUGAUGAUGAAAUCACAAUGAUGGCUCCUGUGGAGUCCAAGUUUUCCCAGUCCACUGGAGACACAGAUAAAGUGAUGGAUACCAAACCAAGAGUGGCAGAAUGGCGUUAUGGACCUGCCCGGCUGUGGUACGAUAUGCUCGGUGUCCCUGAAGAUGGUAGUGGGUUUGACUAUGGCUUCAAAAUGAGGAAGACUGAACAUGAGCCCACAGUACAAUGCAAUAUGAUGACGAAACUAAGGAAUCUUGAGGAGGGCAAUGGCAUUGAUCUUCUGGCAGAUGAAAACUUCCUAAUGGUGACACAACUGCAUUGGGAAGAUGACAUCAUCUGGGAUGGGGAGGAUGUCAAACACAAAGGAACAAAACCUCAGCGUGCAAGUUUGGCAGGCUGGCUUCCGUCCAGUAUGACUAGGAAUGCCAUGGCCUACAAUGUCCAGCAAGGUUUUGCAGCCACACUGGAUGAUGAUAAACCUUGGUAUUCCAUUUUCCCCAUUGAUAAUGAAGAUCUGGUAUAUGGACGUUGGGAGGACAAUAUCAUUUGGGAUGCUCAGGCAAUGCCCCGGAUUUUGGAGCCUCCUGUAUUGACACUUGAUCCCAAUGAUGAGAACUUGAUUUUGGAGAUCCCCGAUGAGAAGGAAGAAGCUACUUCUAAUUCUCCUUCCAAGGAGAAUAAGAAAGAAUCAUCUCUGAAGAAGAGUCGAAUUCUCUUAGGAAAAACAGGAGUCAUCAAGGAAGAACCACAGCAGAACAUGUCUCAGCCAGAAGUGAAAGAUCCAUGGAAUCUCUCCAAUGAUGAGUAUUACUAUCCCAAGCAACAGGGUCUUCGUGGUACUUUCGGAGGGAAUAUUAUCCAGCAUUCAAUUCCAGCAGUAGAAUUACGGCAACCCUUCUUUCCUACCCACAUGGGACCCAUCAAACUCCGGCAGUUCCAUCGACCACCUCUAAAAAAGUACUCCUUUGGGACACUAUCUCAGCCAGGUCCACACUCAGUCCAGCCUUUGCUGAAGCACAUCAAAAAGAAGGCAAAGAUGAGAGAACAGGAGAGGCAAGCCUCAGGUGGUGGAGAGAUGUUUUUUAUGCGCACGCCUCAGGACCUUACAGGCAAAGAUGGAGACCUUAUUCUUGCAGAAUACAGUGAGGAAAAUGGACCAUUAAUGAUGCAAGUUGGCAUGGCAACCAAAAUAAAAAACUACUAUAAACGGAAACCUGGAAAAGAUCCUGGAGCCCCAGAUUGCAAAUACGGAGAAACUGUUUAUUGCCAUACAUCUCCUUUCCUGGGCUCUCUCCAUCCUGGCCAGUUACUGCAGGCAUUUGAGAACAAUCUUUUUCGUGCUCCAAUUUAUCUUCAUAAGAUGCCAGAGACUGACUUCUUGAUGAUUCGAACAAGGCAGGGUUACUAUAUUCGAGAAUUAGUGGACAUUUUUGUGGUGGGCCAGCAGUGUCCCUUGUUUGAAGUUCCUGGUCCUAACUCCAAAAGGGCCAAUACACACAUCCGAGACUUUCUGCAGGUUUUUAUUUACCGCCUCUUUUGGAAGAGUAAAGAUAGGCCACGGCGGAUCCGGAUGGAAGAUAUAAAGAAAGCCUUUCCUUCACAUUCAGAAAGCAGCAUCCGGAAGAGGCUAAAGCUCUGUGCUGACUUCAAACGUACAGGGAUGGAUUCAAACUGGUGGGUGCUGAAGUCUGAUUUUCGAUUACCAACUGAAGAGGAGAUCCGAGCUAUGGUAUCGCCAGAACAGUGCUGUGCUUAUUAUAGCAUGAUAGCUGCAGAGCAGAGACUAAAGGAUGCUGGCUAUGGAGAGAAGUCCUUUUUUGCCCCUGAGGAAGAAAAUGAAGAAGAUUUCCAGAUGAAGAUUGAUGAUGAAGUUCGUACUGCUCCUUGGAAUACUACAAGAGCUUUCAUUGCUGCCAUGAAGGGCAAAUGUCUCCUGGAGGUGACUGGAGUAGCAGAUCCCACAGGCUGUGGUGAAGGAUUCUCCUAUGUGAAGAUUCCAAACAAACCUACACAGCAGAAGGAUGAUAAGGAGCCUCAGCCAGUGAAGAAGACAGUCACGGGAACAGAUGCAGACCUUCGUCGCCUGUCUCUGAAAAAUGCCAAACAACUUCUUCGUAAAUUUGGUGUGCCUGAGGAAGAGAUUAAAAAGUUGUCCCGAUGGGAAGUUAUUGAUGUGGUACGCACAAUGUCAACAGAACAGGCUCGUUCUGGAGAGGGGCCCAUGAGUAAAUUUGCUCGUGGAUCAAGGUUUUCUGUGGCUGAGCAUCAAGAGCGUUACAAAGAGGAAUGUCAGCGUAUUUUUGACCUACAGAACAAGGUUUUGUCAUCAACUGAAGUCUUAUCAACUGACACAGACAGCAGCUCAGCCGAAGACAGUGACUUUGAAGAAAUGGGAAAGAACAUUGAGAACAUGCUGCAGAACAAGAAAACGAGCUCUCAGCUAUCUCGGGAACGGGAGGAGCAGGAGCGGAAGGAACUCCAGCGGAUGCUACUGGCAGCAGGCUCAGCAGCAGCAGGAAAUAAUCACAGAGAUGAUGACACAGCUUCGGUGACUAGCCUUAACUCUUCUGCCACUGGCCGCUGUCUCAAAAUUUACCGAACAUUUCGAGAUGAAGAGGGGAAGGAGUAUGUUCGUUGUGAGACAGUCCGAAAACCAGCUGUUAUUGACGCUUAUGUGCGCAUACGUACCACGAAAGAUGAGGAAUUCAUUCGAAAAUUUGCCCUUUUUGAUGAGCAGCAUCGAGAAGAGAUGCGAAAAGAACGGCGGAGGAUUCAAGAGCAAUUGAGAAGACUUAAACGAAACCAGGAAAAAGAGAAGCUGAAGGGUCCUCCUGAGAAAAAGCCCAAAAAAAUGAAGGAACGCCCUGACCUAAAACUGAAAUGUGGAGCCUGUGGUGCCAUCGGGCACAUGAGGACAAACAAAUUCUGUCCCCUUUAUUAUCAAACAAACGCUCCACCUUCUAAUCCUGUUGCCAUGACAGAGGAACAGGAGGAGGAGCUGGAAAAGACAGUCAUUCAUAAUGAUAAUGAAGAACUUAUCAAGGUUGAAGGGACCAAGAUCGUUUUGGGAAAACAGCUAAUUGAGAGUGCGGAUGAAGUUCGCAGAAAAUCUCUGGUCCUGAAGUUUCCUAAACAACAACUUCCUCCCAAGAAAAAACGGCGGGUUGGAACCACUGUUCACUGUGACUAUUUGAAUAGACCUCAUAAAUCCAUCCAUCGGCGCCGGACAGACCCUAUGGUGACGCUGUCAUCUAUUUUGGAGUCUAUCAUCAAUGACAUGAGAGAUCUUCCAAAUACCUACCCUUUCCAUACUCCAGUUAAUGCAAAGGUUGUAAAGGACUACUAUAAAAUCAUCACUCGGCCGAUGGAUCUACAGACACUCCGUGAAAAUGUGCGCAAACGCCUCUAUCCAUCUCGUGAGGAAUUCAGAGAGCAUUUGGAACUAAUUGUGAAAAAUAGUGCAACCUAUAAUGGGCCAAAACACUCACUGACUCAGAUUUCUCAAUCCAUGCUGGAUCUCUGUGAUGAAAAACUCAAAGAGAAAGAGGAUAAGUUGGCACGUUUAGAGAAAGCUAUCAACCCCUUGCUUGACGAUGAUGACCAAGUAGCGUUUUCUUUUAUUCUGGAUAACAUUGUCACUCAGAAAAUGAUGGCAGUUCCAGACUCUUGGCCAUUUCAUCACCCAGUUAAUAAGAAGUUUGUUCCAGAUUAUUACAAAGUGAUUGUCAGUCCAAUGGAUUUGGAGACUAUACGUAAGAAUAUCUCCAAGCACAAAUACCAGAGUCGAGAGAGCUUUCUAGAUGAUGUAAACCUUAUUCUGGCCAACAGUGUUAAGUACAAUGGGCCUGAGAGUCAGUAUACUAAGACUGCUCAGGAGAUUGUGAAUGUUUGUUACCAGACGUUAACUGAGUAUGAUGAACAUUUGACUCAACUUGAGAAAGAUAUUUGUACAGCUAAAGAAGCAGCUCUGGAGGAAGCAGAAUUAGAAAGCUUGGACCCAAUGACUCCAGGACCUUACACACCUCAGGCUAAGGUGAGUGAGGGCCAUGUAUCUUUGUGGCCUUGUUAAAUCCAGAAGAGGCAACUAUGGGAUGAAUGAGUGGGGUGGUUGUUUAUAGACAGUGUGUGAGAAUACCAGAUUCCUGACUACUAUAGCCAGAGCUAUCCUCUAGGUCCAGUUCUCUUGUCAGCAAAUUCUGGGGUUCUAGAAUGUCCUUAGAAUGUAGGUUGCUCAGUUACAGAUGUGGGCCAUAUUGUUCUUGUACCUUCUAGGUGUCUGAUUACCAUUACCUUAGAGGUAUGUCAUUGUUACUCACAUCACUCAAUUUCCAGGGUUAAUUCCCUUUCCUACUAAAUGAAGACUGUUUAUAUUUGUAUUUUAAGUUUAUAUAUUAGAAGACUAGAAAGCAGGGUAAAUAAGAAAUUUUUUAGUUUUUCUGGUCUGAAGGAACCUUUUGAAUAUUUCCUCUAUAUUACAUUCUGAGAAAGUUGGCGUAUUUGAAGAAUAGACUUUAAAUGGAAUAUUAACAGGUCCAUAGUUUCUUUAUUGGAGAUAGAGUGGUAGAGUGGAAAGGACAUGAGGUUUGGUGUAAAACAGGCCUGGGUAUGAGUCUUAGCUCUGCUACUGUCUAGUUUUGUGAUACUGGGAAAUUAACAUUUCUAUUCCCAUUUCUCUAAGAUGUGCUUUCUAACGUUAAGUGAUUAGUUUGUAUGGCACAUGAUAGGCAUUUGGUAAAUAUUUCUUUCCUUCUUUGUGUGAAGGGUUUUUAUUUUGUUUUGUUUUUUUGUAAAGUUCCCAGAGGCUCUUUCAAAUUUAACCAAAUACUUUAAAUGCAGAAUUUCUUCCUAUUCCCAUAGGAUUAUUUUUCAUUCUACCCAGGUUUCACUCUGAGUUUAAAUGCAGCAUACAUGAUCUCUAUUGGAUUUUUGCUGUCUCUGUGUCUCAUUCGUACACUUUCUCUAUCUUUCUUUUACUCUCUCUUUCAUCCCAAAACCUAGGUUACUGAGGGGCCAGGUAUAAAGAACCCUCAGAUACUUCAAGGUCCAGAACAAGGAAAGGCUCUUGGAGUUGUAUGGGCAGAUUGGGUCAAGGGGGCUUGGGUGAGUGAUGUUGCCCAGGAAGGCCUUGUUUGCUAAUAGGCUCACAGUUUCCACAAGGUACUUUCUGGUAAGUUAAAGCUUGAGUACUAGCCAUCAUUCUCCAGAAGAAUCUAACCACCAAGUGGCAUGUGCUUUUCUCAAGUCUUGGACAGUCAUAAGCCUAGACCAUUGGUGAAUCAAAGCCUUGUCCUUCCUGAGCAAUAGUUGUUUUCCUAUUCUUAGUGAGUUUCCUAUGGAGAGUAUGGUAUGGAUAGUACUGCUUCAUUCUUAUCAGUUCAUGCUCUCAUCAUUCCCUUCAUUUAUGUAUAUACAUUGUAAGAUAGCCCAGUCAUUGCCUAUUAACUCAAGGAAGAGCCUCAUGUGUGACCACCCUUACUCAUUACUAUAUAAAAUCAAAAGAUUAUUACAAAGUGUCUAUGUCUAUGUAACUGUCAUAAUACAGUUGUGAUUGUAUAGAAGCAUGGCAGUAAUCAUGUUAUUUUCAACUUCCAAAUGGUGGCGGUUAAUAAUGUAUUUGCAUCUGGAUAUUUAUUUAUACCGAGCUUGCAUUGAGCUCAAUACCUUGGAAUUACUAAUUUUAUAGUUUCCCAUAAUUUUCUUUAUUUUCAUACUACACUUUCAAAUUUUGCAGAAAUUUCCUGAUUUUUCCCUUCCGUUGCAUACCAGUUUAUCUGUGCACUAAUGUUUUGAAACCUGUUUUGCCUCUAUUUUGGAAACUCAGAUCUUCUCAGUCAAUGUUGUUUGCUUACUUGUUUACAGAGCAACACUUGUAGGUGUGCAUUUGUUUCUUUGAGACAGGGUCUGGCUGUAUAAUCCAGACUGGCCUCCAAUUUGUGCUGGAACUAUAGGCUUUAUUCCUUGCUCAUAAGCAGGUUUUGUAUUGCUCAAAGUAACGUGAUGAUUGGGGAAAAUUAGAAGAUGGGGCUGGAGAGAUGGCUUGGCAGUUAAGAGUGCUUGCUGCUCUUUCAGAGGACCUGAGUUUGGUUCCUAGCACCCAUGUUAUGUGGCUUGCUGUUUUAACUCCACCUCCAGAAGUUUUGACACCUCUUCUGGCCUUCAUAGACACUGUACUCACAUGCACAAACCCACACUCAAACAUACAGGUAUAUACAUAAUUUUAAAAAGUGAAUGAAGUCUUUUUUAAAAAGAAAAUUGGAAGAUACGAAGAAGAGGUGUUACUUAUCAAUUCCGUCUUUCAUAACACCAAUCACUGAAUAUUUUGAGUUUCUUCAUAUCUGUGGUAUAUGUGUUUAUGUCUAUAAACAUACUUUAAAAUUAAUAUUAAUUUUCUUAUUCUAUGCACUUCAUGAAUAUUUUAUCUAGUCCCUCUUAUCAUUGACUAGAAUCUAUUUGCUAAAUCCCUGUUCCUUUCAGGGACAAUAAGAGGAAGAGAUCUAUCAUUUAUUAAGUACCAAGUAUUGGUACAUAGCUCUUAAUUGGUACACAUGACAACCCUGUGAGGUAGAUAUUAUCAUCCAUGCUUUACAGUUGAAGAAAACAGGAUGAUUAACAGUGGUAGAGCCAAGACUCAAUCCCAGGGCUGUUUACUCCAAAGCCCAUAUUUUGUUUUGUUUUUAACAUAUCAUUUUGCUUUGAAGCAUCGUCCGCAAGCUCAUGAACUGUCAAACCAUCCCAUACUCUUGUUGAAACUUAAAUUCCUUUAUCCAAUUUCUUCUUAUAUGCCUCUAAGUCAAUAAAACUAUAACUAAUAUGAAUCUCUGAGCUUAAAAACAGUAAGGCAAGGCUUAGAAGAAAAAAGUAGGUUACUGACCAGAGAGGCCGUUAAUACAUAAACUUGUCCCUAAGCUUUAUGCAUUUCUGCUUUAGUUUCUGAAUACAUACAUUAGAUGCCAGUCUGCUAGAGUGGAUGUUAUUCAUAGGAUUCUAAAAAUUUGUCUACAAAGCUGUACCAGGCUGUGUUUCCUCUUUAACUGGGUUGUCUUGCAUGUCCUUUUUCUUUAGUGAAUGUUAUAAAGGAGGAUUCUUUGUAUUUCUUCUAGCUGUUCCCUUGGUAGAAGCUAAAUUGUAUGUUUUA